CACUGAGACAUAUUUCAGCAUUUUUUUUCACUCCCAAAAAGUUUUUUUUUUUUCGUUUGUUUAAAGGCUUAUUUUCCUCGCAUUUAACAAGAGGUGCCUUUUUCGCUAAGGAGUUGUAAGCUAACAGCGAGAGACAGCGGCGCAAUUAAAGCUGCAGAUCGCUGUGAGCUGAGGACCAGGCCAUGAUGGACAGGCUGACUUUGUCCCACAUAGAUGAGGGCCUAGACUCUUCUGAAGUGGCAGAACUUUGCUUCUUAUGCCGUGAUGUAGUCACCAGGAGACGCCUGGAGAACAUUAAGGAUGCGAAGGACUUGUUCUUGAGAUUAGAGGAAAAAGGUCUGCUGCAAAAUGAUGCCUUCCUCAGGCAGCUGCUCUACACCAUCCAUCGAGCAGAUCUACUCAGGGUCCUGGAGACAGACAGCAGACCGCCAGAGGAAACAGAUGCUAGUCCUGUCCUGUCAGACUACAGGAAGACCCUGUAUUCUAUAUACAAUGACUUCACUACGGAGAACUUUGAAAAGCUGAAGUUUCUACUGACUGACAGGCUGGGCAGGAGACAAAUUGAAUUGUCCAAGACAGCGCUGGACGUGUUUGCAGAAAUGGAAAAGGCUGAUUUACUAUCAGAGACAGAUGUUGACUUGCUACAUAAAGCACUGCAAGAGUUGGAUCAACUACUGGCAAUUACUUUAGAGAAAUACAGACAAAGGGCUCGUCAGCCGCAACAGCAGUUCACAUUAUCUCUUGACGUCACCAUGGAUAUUGAGAGGACCCAUGAGCCCCUGUCCAUAACUGAAACUCAGCCCAGCUAUCGAAGAGAGAGUAUUAACACUGAUGCACAACUAGAAACAAAUCCCACCCCUCUUCCUGAUGAGUCAGAAUACUACAAACUGACUCAUAACCCACGUGGUUUGUGCGUGGUCUUCAACAAUGAGAUGUUCACAGGAACACAUCUGAGUAAUCGAAGAGGAACUCACAAAGAUGCAGAGGCUCUUACAAGAGUGUUCACUCGCUUAGGUUUUCAAAUGAAGAUACACAACAACCUGACUGCAGAUGGGAUGAAAAAAGAAAUAAAUGAUCUUGUCAAAAAGAAUAAUUUCACGAAUCAUGAUGCCUUGGUGGUGUGCGUGCUUUCACAUGGAGAAAAGGGGUGUGUUUUUGGCAUAGAUGGGGAAAGGGUGCUCCUGAAAGAGCUGACGCACCCCUUUACAAGUGGAAGCACCCGAACCUUGGGAGGGAAGCCCAAACUCUUCUUCAUUCAAGCCUGUCAAGGUGAAGGAUACCAGAAAGGAUACUGUCCCAGCAGCUUGGGGCCAGGAGAGGACGAGAAGCAAAACAAAGAACCACUGCAAGCCGAUGCCUCAAACCCUGACGAGGCUUUGCCUGCAUCAGCAGACUUUCUGAUGGGCAUGGCCACAGUGGAGGAGUUCAAGUCAUUUCGAAACACACUCACAGGAUCUAUCUACAUCCAGGAGCUGUGCAGGCAGCUGGAAAUAGCAGCGGAAAGUAAGGAGAUGGAUGAUAUCCUCACUGUCCUGACACGUGUGAACAGGGAGGUCAGCAAAGGAGAGUUUUUAUCCUACAAACAAAUGCCGGAGCCCAAAUACACUCUCAGAAAGAAGCUCGUCCUCAAAUUUGUAUGAUCGGACUGUGACCAAAUACAACUCUGCAAGUCUACACAGUUCCUGGAUUCAUGUUACACACACACACAGUGUGUGUGUGUGUGUGUGUGUGUGUGUGUUGAUAAAUGUGACUUUUUUUUCUUUUCUUUUUUUUUUUUACAAUUAACUGAACAAAGUAAUCCAUGGCAAAUAAACUGGUACAGGGAUAAUUAGAUGGAA